GUCUGAACGGACGCCGACUUUCACACGUCACCCACAUUCACUCCUUUGUGCGCCUCUGAAGCACUUGUUGUGCCUUUGGCUUCUCGCCUUGUCUUCCUCGCUCCUCCAUAUGUUUUCACCACCAACACCGCUGUCGCCAUGAUCAACUUACAGUCUCUCGUUCUCUUCGUCAUCUCCUACUUCAUCAUACCACGCCUCACAUUCUUACCGAGAAGCGUGCAUUCACUGCUCACAAUCUUCGGUCCUUUCCUCCUUCCACGGCUCGUAAACCUGAUCAAUACCUCCCGCGCAACGUCUCGAAGCGUUCCCGUCCGGCCUACACCUCAUAAGGUUCAGCGCGCAUUGAAUCUACUUUUCCUCAGCGCGGUUGUGGCUCUUGUCUUGUCUUUGCCGCAAUUCGCACCGGAGAACAUAUUUGUGAAGACACAAAGCCGUCUGCAGAUCGAGCCAAAUGUUCUGUUCGCUCGCCUACGAAUGCUGCGUCCGUUGACAGAGGAUGACGAAAUCCUUCGAUCAAAGAUAUCUACCAACCCUCGAAAUAAGCUUCUGUAUUUGACGUAUGGGCCGGAUACAUUGAUAAAUUGCAUUUGGUGUGCAUCAAACGACGGAAACGAUACACAGAAUUACAUGCUCUACAGUCUCCCGAAGAUCAUUGCGCCUCACAUAUACCAUCUCAUUGUUCUUGGACUAGCUACGUCCUCUCUGGUGGGGUCUGAGGGAUCGCGCUUCCGAACCCAUGCCACGAUUGUGGGCCUGGGUCUCGCGGUAAUUGAGGCCUACUUCAUGCAAACUUAUGACAUAACGUUCAACAAACGAUCAAAGACUCUUCAAGACAUCGACUUUGUGCAUUGGCGUGUUCGAUUUCUGAGAUACAUAGCAUUCGCUAUAGUGGAUGGCAUUUUUGGAUUAGUACUUUGGCUUACAAGCACGAAUCGCUGGCUCGCCAAACCCGAAUCAAUUGCUGAGCGACUGGAGAUGACUACGCGAAAAGCAGAAGACACAACGAACAAGCUUCGCGCACUCGGCCUUCUUUCUAACUCGGUCAAUCGGGAUCCCCAGCUACGGACGGUGAGGGAAAUGUAUUGGCGAACGGAAGGCGAGUACAUGGCGGCGAGGGUGCAGGAGGAAGAAGUGAUGGAGCAGAUAAAUGCUGCCGUCAAGAGCCUGGAUAUGCAAGAGCUUGAGAACCGGAUAGAUCAGGUAUCAGAUACUGUUCUACAGGGUAUCGACACGCUGCGCGUGACCAGUCCUGGCGGACAAUCCGGGGAAGUACCACCAUCUUGAUAUAUAGCAUAACUCCGGGUAUAGAGGGUGGACUGGCUACCUGCGGAAAACCACAGAGCGUACAGGCGGCGACUACUGUGCCACACUGCAAGCUUCUCCGUCCUAAUCUUCGAUCGAUCUAAGAAUACCAAGAUGUGCCAUUCUGUGAGAACCUCCGAGGCAUCCUUAUGCCGUGUGAUUCGCCAAUUGCGCGGACGAAAAUCUGGUCAGAUUGUUGAACCGCUGGUUGCCGAGUUUUUGCAUUUUCCGCUUCAUCACCUCUUUUCAUCUACAAGACUCACGAAAGGCAUCGUCUGGGAAUUGAGCAAACAGACCGAUAUCGCAAUGAACACUCAUAUAUGUUCACCUCGUACGAGUCACGGCUAAUUUGUCGGACGCGAGAUGUGCAACAUUACUCAAAGUAUGAGUCGUCAAUUGCUCCAUAUAGUCUAAGGUCCAGUAGCGGGCCGGGGCGGUAUUGGCCGGUUGUAGGCGGCAC